CGGCCUCUAUUAUCUCUAAUUUCCAUUUCUAACCUCAACUCUUUAUAAAAAUAACUCGUAAUUUGGCAUUAAAUUUUAUAAUAAAAUUACAAAUUGUAUACAAUGGCAGAGAGAUAGCAUUAAUUCAAAGUGAUCAAAAACACAUUUUGCAAGUAUUACACCUACCGCAAAUACGAUGGACAUAAAAAUAUUAUAUGCAAUACGAGGUUGGAUAGUAUUUGUCGCAUUUAUGGAUUUUGGAACAGCAGUAAGAAGUUAUAUAGAGAAAAGAUCAUUUCUAAGUAAAACAAUUCAUAAUGUCGAUAACUUUGUUGAUGAAGAAUAUACUACCUCUAGAGUCUUAGGAAUGUAUUCCAUUCUAAAGGCUCUUGUUUUAGUUCAUUGUUCUCUGUAUAUACAUUAUAAGCCAUUACUUAGUAUGGGAAUUUGGUCUGUCGUAAUAACACUAAUGCUGUAUUUCACUGAAACCAUAUAUUUUAGAGCGGCAAGUUUAAAUUUCUAUGUCGUUUUCCCUUUCAUUUUAAAUGUUUUGACGUUGGGAUGUUUGAUAUAUGUACAAAAAACUGUCAGAAUGUGGGAUUCUACUUUAAGUGGAGAAGAGGAAAAUGAACAAUUACUUAAUGCAUCAGUAACUUCAAGGAAAAGGCGUCAUUGUAGGAAAUACUAGUUCCCCAGAAAUAUUUCCUUUAUAAGGAUAAUUUACAGAUAAAAUUUAUGAAUUCUUUAUUAUUUUGAACUUCUAUUUAAUAUGUCGGAUAACAUUAUAUGCUUAAAAAUGCAUGAAUAAGUUAGUGAUUUGCGAAAUUUAUAAAAUAUCUUAAAAAUAUUGACAAAUGUCAGUAGUCUUACCAAUGUGAUAGAUAACUGCACGCAAGAAACAAUAUUUUGUACUUCGAAAAAUAAAAAUAUUAAUGUCUA